CCGGCGCGGCCCUCCGCCUCCGCCAGAGCUCUGCCCCCGCCGUGCACCCGGAUCGGGGCCCGGGCCCGGCCAAUGAGCGCGGAGGCAGCGUGGCCGCAUUAUAAGAGGCUGCCGAGAAGGCGGCAAGCCCUCAGCCGGGCCGUCGGGUGGGAGCCGCGCUUCCUGUCAGCGAGAAAGGUUCGCCAUGUGCGGAAUUUUUGCUUAUCUGAACUACAGAGUACCCAGGACUCGGAAGGAAAUUUUUGAAACCCUGAUAAAAGGAUUACAGAGACUAGAAUACAGGGGAUAUGACUCUGCAGGAGUGGCAAUUGAUGGAAAUAAUAAUGAAGAUAAAGAAAGGUUCAUCAAACUGGUCAAGAAAAGAGGAAAAGUAAAGGCCCUGGAAGAAGAGUUGUACAAACAAGGUGACUUGGAUUCCAAAGCAGAUUUUGAAACGCAUUUUGGAAUUGCUCAUACUCGCUGGGCGACCCAUGGAGUACCAAGUGCAAUAAACAGCCACCCUCAGAGAUCAGAUAAAGGGAACGAAUUUGUUGUUAUCCAUAAUGGAAUCAUCACAAAUUACAAAGACCUGAGAAAAUUUUUGGAAAGCAAAGGCUAUGAAUUUGAGUCUGAAACAGAUACAGAAACGAUCCCUAAACUGAUCAAAUAUAUGUAUGACAACAGAGAGAGUGAAGACACCAGUUUUUCAGCCUUGGUAGAAAGAGUUAUUCAACAGUUGGAAGGUGCUUUUGCACUGGUUUUCAAGAGCAUCCAUUACCCAGGUGAAGCUGUUGCUACCAGAAGAGGGAGUCCUUUGCUCAUUGGAGUUAGAAGCAAGUACAAGCUUUCCACUGAACAGAUUCCUGUUUUAUAUGGAACAUGCAACAUUGAGAAUAUGAAGAACAUGUGCAAUUCACGAAUGAAAAGACUGGACAGCUCUACCUGCCUUCAUGCUGUUGGGGAUAAAGCAGUAGAAUUUUUCUUUGCUUCAGAUGCAAGUGCUAUCAUUGAGCACACCAACAGAGUGAUUUUCUUAGAAGAUGAUGACAUUGCAGCAGUAACUGAUGGGAAGCUUUCAAUUCACCGUCUGGAGCGUUCAGCUAGUGACGAUCCUUCCCGGGUCAUCCAGACCUUGCAGAUGGAAUUGCAGCAAAUCAUGAAGGGUAACUUCAGUGCAUUCAUGCAAAAGGAAAUUUUUGAACAACCAGAAUCAGUUGUCAAUACUAUGAGAGGCAGGGUGAAUUUUGAGAACAGCACAGUCCUGCUGGGGGGUCUGAAGGACCAUUUGAAAGAAAUCAGAAGAUGCCGAAGGCUGAUCAUUAUUGGCUGUGGGACCAGUUAUCAUGCUGCAGUAGCUACUCGACAAGUACUGGAAGAAUUAACUGAAUUACCUGUGAUGGUGGAACUUGCUAGUGACUUCUUGGACAGGAACACACCUGUGUUCAGAGAUGAUGUCUGCUUUUUUAUAAGUCAGUCAGGUGAAACUGCAGAUACCCUUAUGGCUUUGAGGUAUUGCAAAGAACGCCGUGCUCUAACAGUUGGCAUCACAAACACCGUUGGAAGCUCAAUAUCCAGAGAGACAGACUGUGGUGUACAUAUCAAUGCUGGACCUGAGAUAGGUGUGGCAAGCACAAAGGCUUAUACCAGCCAGUUUGUGUCUCUUGUAAUGUUUGGCCUCAUGAUGUCUGAAGACCGAAUUUCUCUGCAGAAAAGGAGAAGGGAAAUCAUUAGUGGACUAAAAUCAUUGCCAGAGAUGAUUAAAGAAGUCUUGUCCUUGGAUGAGAAGAUACAUGACUUGGCUCUUGAGCUGUACAAACAAAGGUCACUGCUGGUUAUGGGUCGUGGAUAUAAUUAUGCCACUUGUCUGGAAGGAGCUCUGAAAAUAAAAGAAAUCACCUAUAUGCACUCUGAAGGUAUCCUGGCUGGUGAGCUUAAACAUGGUCCGCUAGCCCUAAUAGAUAAACAGAUGCCUGUUAUCAUGGUCAUAAUGAAGGAUCCUUGCUUCACCAAGUGCCAGAAUGCUCUGCAACAGGUCACAGCUCGACAGGGUCGUCCAAUCAUCCUGUGUUCUAAGGAAGACACAGAAAGCUCAAAAUUUGCCUACAAAACCAUUGAGCUGCCUCACACAGUUGACUGCCUUCAAGGAAUCUUGAGUGUUAUUCCUCUCCAGUUGCUUUCAUUCCACCUGGCUGUUCUCAGAGGAUAUGAUGUGGAUUUCCCAAGGAAUUUGGCCAAAUCGGUUACUGUAGAAUAACAGCCAAGAAUAGUGGAUAUUUUUAUCACCAGACCUCUGUGUUAUGCUUAUUGAAAUGUGUUGUUCUGAAUCAAUAGGUACAUGUUUUUCAAAGGGAAUGAGAGUGAUAACUGGUCAGUGGCAGAAGGAUUUAUCUUGCAGCUUUAAAAGCUCCCGAUGUGCCUUGUUACCCAAGUGCUUUUGCUCACAGCAAAUAUUUCUAAGUCCCGAAAUUGCCAAAGGAUAAGAUAAAAAUCAAUGUUUACACAUGGUAUACUGAAUGAACUUUUCUACUGUGCAAUAUAUAUAUAUAUAUACAUAUAUAUAUAUAUACAGCUCUCUUCAGAGUAACUGUGAACAUUUUUUUUUUUUUUUAGCCUACACUACUUAACUAGUUUUAAAGAUAAAGUAUUUAUAAGUACAACUGUAUAGCAUUUCUUAAGUUAUUUUUUUUAGUACAUUGCUUAACUACAGCAUUGGUAAUGAGUCGACAUGCUCAGUACUCAUGGGGAGUUUGUGUACAGUUUUUUAGAUUUUUCUACUACAGCUUCAAACUGGAAAUUGCUUGUCCUCUUCCUCCCAGUUUCCUGCCCCCCUCCUCCUACAGUUUGCACCUGGUUUGUAUUUCACCACCUUUUGCAAAGAGUUCCUGUGGCCAUAAAUUCUCAGUUGUGUUUUCAGCUCUUCCUCCUACUUUCAAGCUAAUGCUGUGAGAAGGCCCAGCAGUGUUUUGUAUACUGCCCCAGUUCUUAUUGCCUGGCUUGUAUAGAGCAACAAAAUAAGGGAACUUCCAAAAUAGUGUAUCCUCCAAAAGGUACUUCUGGUUGAAGUGUGUACAAUGUAAUUAAUAUGCAAUUAAAGAAAAUAUUAUACAGAU